AUGAAGAAAAUCAAGAUGCAGAUGGAGGAACCUGAUAAGCUAAAGAGUGUAAAUGGAGCCCUAGCGGGACUGACUCAAACAUCACCACUACAGGUAAUGCGAUUACCACAAGACAUACCAGCACUGCAUGCUACGUCAACAUCACAAAAUAUACCAUCAGUACAGGACAUGCUGACACUACAGGACAAAUCACCACUACAAGCUGAACCACUGAUACUGGACAUGACGACACUACAAGUAAUUCCAUUGUUACAGGACACUCCAGCACUAUGGGUUACACCAGUACUGCAGCCAAAAGUAGAGCCAGCACAGAUCAUGUCGUCACAUGGUAUUCCAUUUCAAGAGCUACAGGUACGGGAAAUGCUGCUAGACUUGAAUCAGCAAUCACAAAUGAACUUCCCAAAGAAACGGACAAUGACUGAAGCUGGAUACUCAAGAACAGUAAAUAAAAGACCCAAAUGUAGGACCAAGGAGAGACUAAGAACGAUAAGUCAUAUUAACAUACAGGGUGUAAGAGCAAAAGGGCAACAGAUAAGUGAAGUAAGAGCUCAUAAGAGCUUUAACAGUGCGUUAGCAUUGUUAUAG